AUAAAGAGGGGAGUUCUCGGAUGCCUGGGUCUUUUGACUCUGACGGUUCAUUUGGCUUGUGUUUUCUCUCUCUCCUCCACUCGCCUAGGUCUGCCCAGUCCCUUCCUGAGCUCCGAGCUUCCUCCACUAUUACACCCAGUGACCCCGCACCCCGUACUGGGCAUCCCAGCACGAUAUUCCUUGCUUUAUCCAGUAGAGGCCCAGCUGGCCUGGGACAUCGCCGCAGCAACCAAGCAAGACGAAGAUGGAGACACACCCCUCCACAUCGCUGUGGUUCAGGGGAAUUUGCCGGUAGUCCAGCGUUUGGUUGUUCUCUUUCAUCAAGGAAAUCGGGACCUGGACACUUUCAACAACCUGCGGCAGACUCCUUUACACUUGGCUGUCAUCACAGACCAGCCGGCCCUGGUGAAGUUGCUCCUGUCUCAUGGCGCAUCGCCGAUGGUCUUGGACCGGAACGGGCAGACGGCCCUGCAUCUUGCCUGUGAACACGGCAGCCUCCGUUGCCUGCAAGAGUUACUCGACGGAAGACCCAGCCCGUUGGAUCUGGAAGCCCGGAAUUUUGAGGGCUUCACUCCGCUCCAUGUGGCUGUUGGAACCUGUAACCGUGAGGUCGUUCUCACUUUGCUGGAACAUAGAGCCGAUGUUGAUGCUGUGGAUAUCAAGAGCGGGAGAUCGCCCUUACUCCAUGCCGUGGAGAACAAUAACCUGCCGAUGGUGGAACUGCUGCUCCAGCAUGGCGCCAACGUGAACGCUCAAUCGUACGGAGGCAACACCGCUCUGCACGCAGCCAGCGGCCGGGGUCUUUUGGACAUGUUGCGACUCCUGGUACGCAAUGGGGCAGAUGGCAGCCUCAAGAACUACCACAACGACACCCCCCUGAUGGUGGCCAAGAAUAAGAGGGUGAUUGACAUCCUGAGAGGAAAAGCCUCCCGUCCGGGGCCACCACAUGACAAUGUCUAUGAGGGGUCGUCUCCAGCCAAUAGCUCGGCCAGCUCUCCCGGCACCCGGCCCGCCCAGACUGGCUUGUUGUGUGCUUCGCCCGAUUCUUGCCCUACCACUCCCAGCCCUGCCCGGACUCCAAAGCCCUACAGAACGACACAAUCCCCUAACUCAGCCAACCAGAAACCAGAGAGCAUUAUAUCCACCCAUGAGCCCUCCAACCCUUUAUAUGGCGUGAAACCGGAAAGAAGCCGGACUCCACCCACGUCGGAGCAGCCAAUGGGAUUCCUGGGGGCCCCCAAGUACUUCCUGCCGGUGGGUGAGAGCAUCAUGGAGCCAGCCUUCCACCCAGCCCUCUAUCCUUUUCCGGCGUCCAACCAUAAUCACCUCCCACCGCAUCAAUUCCAGCUGCUUCCUAUUGGCUUGAAUCAUUCUAUCGUCUCCCUGUCCCCGGUGUCCCUGGCCAAUCGGAUCCACUCAAGGGGCAUGGGAGUGGACCCUCCGCAGGUGCCAAUGGACUUGGAAAACGUGCCCAUGACGGAUGAUGAAAGACAGUGGCCUCCAAGCAACGACAGCAGUCCAGCGGACAGCUGACAGAAGAGAAUCAAGGCUCUCCCGGGGACUUUCCAUCCAUGGGAGAUUUUUUUCUGAGGAACACUGGGCUUCACAAAGCAAUAGAAACCACAGAUCUUUUGAUUUUGCUGCUAUGGGUUCCUGGCAUGAAUCGGGAGCGCACAUUUUCGGCUUCGGAAUCCGGCAUUCCUGCACCUCCUGCGGACUUCAUUCCCUGUGCCUUGCAUUGCAUGUAGCAACAUGGCCAAGGCUGAGAUGACUCUACAGGUCUCUUGCUAAGCCAACGUUUGUUUCAUCCUCCAACUUCGAUUCCACUCUUUCUCUCCCCCCAUCUUGCAUUUUCACUCCUCGUAGAUGACUACUUAGGCAGGCUCAGCUUCAUUGCAGUUAUGGAAGGUCAACAUUUUGGGUACAUGCAGCAAUAAUAUCCAAGAUGGUGCUCUAAUCAAUGAUGGCGGCAUUAGCAGCCAUGUCAAGAGCAACCUGCAAUUCAUUUCUCUGUCUCCCUCUAGUGGAGGGGAGGUUGAAUUGCACACCCAUUGAGUGAGCCGUGCUGUAACCUGAGAUGAACCAUCCCUUUUUAAAGGCACAACAGCUCUUACCUUUUUUAAGACCCAGAAAAGGCCAGGCGGAUCCCGUCCCCCCCACCCUGUUGUCAGCGGUUAUAAAAUUGUACAUUUCAGAAAGCACCAUUUAAGCCUCACGGCGUGAGAGGGCAGGAAGAACAAAGGGCCCACGAGCGAAUGCUGUCGGGACCUGGCAGAGGUGGGGGUUUCGUAAAAAGGGUGAAUUAGCAAAAAGGAAUGCUGUGUGUACUUUAAGGAUUGAAACUUGAGAAAUUCCCAGUAAGAUUGUCGUCAUAAGGGGAAGUUUAAGGUUUGGAGCGUAUUAGUCAGUAGGAUGCAAUGAUUGGAAAGAGGGAGGAAGUGGGGCAUAGAGAUGGAGGGAUUUCUAACUGAAAAAUUAAAAGUAGGGUUCCAGCAGGAAAUUAGUCCCGGAAGAGAGGGGACUUGUCUCUUGAAAUCUGCUCUUUUGGGCGCACCACUUAGGGAGUGGAGGAAGCUACAGAUAUGUGGCAAGGCAUGUACUUCAUGGUCACACUUUCCCAGAGACGUACCUCUCGCAAGGGGGGUGGGGAUGUAUCAGUUCUGGCGUUGAGUUUUAACUUUACAGGAGUUAGCCAAGGGGCUGAACUCUUCCCCCUGUCAAUAAGUCAAGAUUCACCUUUGGGUAGCUUCCUUAAAGUUUGGACUAAAACCCCAAGUGUAUCCAUUCCCCUGAACUUCACCCAGCCCCUGUGACACUGGAGUUGCCAGGCUCUGCUGGUCUCCAGCAUCACCAGCUAAAAGGUUGAUGGGGGAAAGUCCUCUCUCUGGAGGGCUCUGGCACGUGGUGGUAGACUGUAAUUGGUUCAAUAGCUCCACGGUUUAGAUCUUUGGCUGCAGAGCCAGAGGCUAGGAGUUCAAUUCCCUAUUGUGCCUCCUUGAGGGGGACUGGACUUGAGGAUCCAUAGGGUCCUUUCCAGAUCUGCAGUUCUACGUUGAUGAUGAUGAUUGUAAGUUUCAACUGCUAGAAAGUAGCUUUCUUAGUACUGGGAAGAAAUGCGGGCCCAUAGCUUGGUAGCAGAGUUUUGCAUGUCUUCAAUAUUCCCAACUAGGACUGGUAAAAACCAUAAACUCGAAGGUCUGAAAGUCUAGCUGCCAAUCAGUGUAGGCAAUAUUGAACUAGGUGGACCACUAGUACAAUUCACAAAGGGAAAGCUCUUUCUGUUUCUCUCCAGAUCACUCAUAUGAAGCUCCCUGAACUCUCAACCCUAACAGGAGCAAGGUCUCUGGAGUCUCCCCCACUGCAUCAAUUUUCUUGCUGUUUCUCCCCUGCUUUUAUAGGGACCAAUACUUGAAAAAUAACACCCUCUGUUCCUCCCACGGUAGAAAAGAGGGACUGGGGAAGAGAUUAGCUUCCCCCUUCCUAAUUUGUCAAUAAAGUAUUUUUCUACUUUCAAA